AUGCAAGGCUGUAGCAUCAUAGCGCAAUCCGUGUCGGGCUACAUGGGUGAAGUUGAGACUGUCCCCGACGCUGCCUUCACCUUCCUUUCUUCCCACCGCACUUCUCUCCUCUCAACCCCCUCCCCCCUUCCCUUUCUUCCCUACGACUUUCCCUCCCGGUCCGCACCAGAGCAAGUCCCCGACAUUACCUUCUCCGCAGGCUACGAGGAGUUAACCUUCCUCGCACCCACCGACUUUGCUUUCGCAAAAGCAGCUUUCCGGCCGCGGGUCUCUGCUGCCGAUCGCCAACAGCUUGUGGAAUAUCACAUCUUAACAGGGCUCUACAGCUUUGCGCAGCUUAAAGCCCUGCCCAACCGCAGCCAGAUACCCACUGCAGCGGGGAAGAGCAUAAUGAAGCACAGCGUGCGGGCUAGCUGGUAUUGGAACCCGGGGACGAGCGUGGCUCUGAGCAGCCCGGGAGCGCAGCAGCUGUUUUGGGCGCAGAUCGACACAAAGAAGCUGUUCAAUGGCAACCCGGGAGCGCAGCAGCUGUUUUGGGCGCAGGUAGCCACCAAGAAGCUGCUCAACGGGCAGUAUGUGAAGGGGCAUGUCAUCGAUUGCGUUCUCGUGCCCAACUGA